CCCUGGCAUAAGCUACAUGCCCACCUCUCUGGGCCACAAUCUGUUGACACAGUCUGUUGAAUGGAGUUUUGUGUCAAGUGCAAGAAAGAAUGCUGAUGGGAGGGCAAAGGCUUCCCCACUCCCCCAUUCCUGCUUGAGAAAUCCCAUGUCUCUUCAUCUGUCCACUGGAGGGAGUUGGAAAUAGACAAUGGCAUCAGUUUCUGAGUUGAGCUGCCCCAAGAGACUCUUACCCUGAUCAUGGUGAGCAGUAUUGUGUGCCCUUCAAGGGCAUCAACCUUGUCAUGCAUUUGCUGUGCUACCUGGGACCUGGGAGCUUAGGUGCCACCCUGUGGGCAGAAGUCAGAGAACACUCGGGUCCCCUAGUCAGAGCAAAACUGGCUUCUGAUGGGACAACUAAGGCUCUUGCAUGGCCUUGGUCCAUGAUGGUCCAGGAGUUGGACAACAAAGCUGUUGUCAGCUCUACCAGUAAGUUUGCCUGGGGAAGAGGUUUCCACCCUCUCUCAGCUAGGGAAUGAAUGUGCUGCUUCUGGCAUCAUAACGCUUUUCACCUUAUUCUUUCCAGCCCCAGACUACCCCUCUGACGUUCUUAAGAGAACUGACUUUGUCAGGGGCAGUGGGGAGAGGGUGGGAUCAGGGAGGUCUGGUGUUUAUCUGCUCCUACCUCUAGUAGGGGCAGACUGUCAGAAUGGGGAAACAAGAUAGCACAUUUCUGGUGAAUUGGUCAUGGGGAGCAGAGACGGGGAGUAGUAGCUAAGAGAGGCAUGGGGCAGUAGGGAGGAAGGCCCGGAAAGCCCUGGGCAAACACUGACUGGGCUGUACAUCCCUCCUUGUGUUGGCCCAGGGUGGGAGCUCCUGUGCCACCCCACCCCCAACACACAACACACACUGAUUUCCUCUCCGGAUAAGCCUGGCUCCCUCUCUUUAUAGUGGACUUCCCCUGCCCCCAAGAUCAGUUUGGAGGCGUAUUUAACUAUCUCCACAGUAACGACUCUGGCUGCACAUAUCUUGGGCCAGGGCCUGAGUCCACCUGUUGCCUGCUGGCCCAGCUGGGACAGAGGGAGGGAGGCAGACACUCUGCUGCUCAACACCUUUGAUGUUUUUGCCCACCUGACUCAUGAGAACUGCACAGUCUGUACCCAGUGACCCCCAUCAAAGGAAGGCACAUGUCAGUGUCACAGUAGCUGGGGGGUCACUGGAGUGGAGAGGUCAAGAGUCUUUGGCAGAAGAGAUGGAGCCCGGGUUCCUCAGCUCACCAGCUGCGUGACCUUGCAGCCAUCACCUGAGCCUCUGCGGGAUAAUUGCCCCAGCUCUACUUCACAGGCUGUGCAGAAUGAAUGAGAGUGGAUUCGAAGCACCUGGGACUAGGCCAGACACUGAGAGGCCUCCACAAAUGUCAACUGCCUUCACCUUUGAGCGGAGGCACACGCUGUACCCCUGGCCAGGAUGCCCUUCCCAUUUCCUCUGUUUAUGCCAGUCCCUUUCAGACUGUCUUUCAGAUUGUCCCUACAGAUGCCUUUGGGAGCCCCUCCCUUCUGCACCCUGGCUGAUCUCUAGCCUGGGAACUCCAGUGGCUUCUGCCUUUGCCCUGGCAUUCACAGCACCACCCGGUGAUCCAGUUAAUUAUGGCUUUUCCUCCUCCCCAUGAGAACCCCCUGAGGGCAGCCAGCCUUGGCCCCAGGCGUCCUUCUGGACAUCCAGCAGCACUUUGGGGUCAAGGACCGAGGUGCCGGCUUGCUGCAGUCAGUCUUCAUCUGCAGCUUCAUGGUGGCUGCCCCCAUCUUCGGCUACCUGGGGGACCGCUUCAACAGGAAGGUGAUCCUCAGCUGUGGCAUCUUCUUCUGGUCGGCAGUCACCUUCUCCAGCUCCUUCAUCCCCCAGCAGUACUUCUGGCUCCUGGUCUUGUCCCGGGGUCUAGUGGGUAUCGGCGAGGCCAGCUACUCCACCAUCGCGCCCACCAUCAUUGGCGACCUCUUCACCAAGAACACACGCACGCUCAUGCUGUCUGUCUUCUACUUUGCCAUCCCGCUGGGCAGUGGCCUGGGCUACAUCACUGGCUCCAGUGUGAAGCAGGCUGCUGGAGACUGGCACUGGGCCCUUCGGGUGUCCCCUGUCUUGGGCAUGAUCACAGGAACGCUCAUCCUCAUCCUGGUCCCAGCCACUAAGAGAGGCCAUGCUGACCAACUCGGGGGGCAGCUCAAGGCACGGAGCUCGUGGCUCCGAGACAUGAAGGCCCUGAUCCGAAACCGCAGCUAUGUCUUCUCCUCCCUGGCCACGUCGGCUGUGUCCUUCGCCACAGGGGCCCUGGGCAUGUGGAUCCCACUCUACCUGCACCGUGCCCAAGUUGUACAGAAGACGGCGGAGACCUGCAAUAGCCCGCCCUGUGGGGCCAAGGAUAGCCUCAUCUUUGGGGCUAUCACCUGCUUCACGGGCUUUCUGGGUGUGGUCACGGGCGCAGGCGCUACACGCUGGUGCCGCCUGCGGACCCAGAGGGCUGACCCACUGGUGUGUGCUGUGGGCAUGCUGGGCUCUGCCAUCUUCAUCUGCCUCAUCUUCGUAGCGGCCAAGAGCAGCAUCAUGGGCGCCUAUAUCUGUAUCUUUGUCGGGGAGACACUGCUGUUUUCUAACUGGGCCAUCACUGCGGACAUCCUCAUGUACGUGGUCAUCCCCACCCGACGGGCCACCGCUGUGGCCUUGCAGAGCUUCACCUCCCACCUGCUGGGUGACGCAGGGAGCCCCUACCUCAUCGGCUUUGGUGAAUCAGCUGGUGUUGCCGCCCCCAUCCAUGAAGGUCUGAGGCGGUACCACUGGGACAGUGAAGAACCCUUGCUCUCACCUAAUCUGGGAAGCGUCCUACAGCAUCCCAGAACAGCAGAGCUGUCCCAGAGCUUCCUGUGUGACCCACACCUGGGCACUCACCCUCUCUGGUCCAGGACUGCUGAGUGGACCUGGCUCCAAGAAGCCACAUCCUCUGUUACCCUGGAACGCUGUGUGUGUUGGGGCCACCAGGUUGGACAGAUUCUCAGCCCUGGGUUUGGACUGCAGGGCCCCUGGGCCCCAGGGAGAAGGCACCCCCAGGUAGAUCUAUCAGGAGACCUUGGCCUGCCACAGGCUUAUGUGAUCUUGGGCAAGAUCCUGCCCGCCCUAGGUGGUGAGGCCAGGGAGCUGGACUUUCCCACGCAGUGUGUUGGGCAAGACACUACCUACAGCUUUGAAGACCCAGUAGAUCCUGGACUAUACAGAGAAGAGGUGGUCCCGGCCACAGGGCUACAAUUCAGGUUCUGAGGCUCUUGAAAGCUCAGGGACCACUGCCCCUUAGCUGGGCUUCUGACUUUAGGGUCACUGGAUUCAGGCUGGCACAUGGAAUGGGACACUUGUCACAGGGUGCUUCCUGGCCUGCUGGUCACUCUGGAGGACACGUCUCUGCACCUGGAGAUUUCCCAGGUUGGGAACACCCCUCCACAGGGAGCUGGCAUCACCAGGGGUGAAGGCCCUGGUGGCAGCCACACACCGCCCGCGCCCCAGGUUUGAGAUGCUGGGAACCACCCACCAGUCCACCUCUGCUGACCUCCCAGAAGCCUGGAGCCCACUCCCUUCCUCAGGAUGGGCUGAGCCUUUUCCAAGGGCAGGACCCAGGGAACCAUACCCAGAAUUCAGGGGGCAGUAGCCUGGGCUGAAGCUGCUGGAGGAAGCAGCUAUCCCCUGAGCUUCCUGGUCUAGGGGAUGAACUUGAUGGAGGGAGGCUGGUCCCCUGGCCACCAGCUGCUGUGGCUCUCACAGACACACUUCCACAGUGACUCUCUCAGCUGAUUCCGGGAGGGCUGAGCCUUCUCCCCAGCCUUUUUGAUCACCCUGCUAUCCGCACCCCCACUCCCUACAACCACCCACCAGGGUACAGUUGUCACCUGCACAGCAGGCCCUCAGAGGAGCUUGUACCCUCCGCCCCACACUCCCUGCACAUAGAUGCUGAGAGCCAGCUGGACACUGCUCCCCUUGCUUAGUUACUGGCUGGCUGUGGCUUCAGUGGUGUGUUAGCUAGUGGAAUACCACUCUUCCAAGCUCUGGGGCACCCUAGGGGGUGGACAAAGGGGUGGUACCCCACGAAGACCAGCCUGGCCUCCACCCAACCUCACCUGGGGCCCCAGCAAUGUUUUCUUGUUGUACAAGAACUAGGUCCAAAUGUUGCCUCCUCUUCCUUCCGGAAGCCAAACUGCUCCUUUAUUUUUUAGAGCUGCUGAUUGUGAAUCUCAGAAUCUUAAGAGAGAAGCCAAAUAUAUUCCUCUUGUAAAUGAAGAAAUAAACCUAUUUAAAUCAUG